CGGCAGUCUCAACUUUUACCACAACGUGCCCAGCAGCAGCACAUCUCAUCUUCAUCAUUUGCGACACAUAAUAAUAUUGGUUUGGUAUUAUAAUUCGACGACAUGAGUGACUCUGAUUCUGAGUUGGAGUACGAGGAGGUGGGCGACGAGGGGGAGGAGGAGGAAGAGGAAGAAGAAGAGAAACCAAAGGUGGCGACGAUUAUAAAGGGGAAGCGCGUCCUCUCGGCUCCUGUAUCUGCCGCCCCCACGAAAGAAGACUAUCUCGGCCUCAUGGCGAAAGCCAACAAGGAGCCGAAUCGGUUCAAGAAACGGAUGGAUAUUGCAAGGGCUAAGAAAAUGAAGCAAAAGGCGAAAAAGGCAGAGCAGAAGAGGAAGAGGGAGGAGGCUGAAGCUUUGGGCGAAGAUGCUCCACCAAAACAGGUUCCAAAUACACUCGAGUCACUUCGAGAACCAGAUCCAACUGAAAUUUCGGGGGAAAUGUAUGAGAUGGUUGACAUUUUUCAUGACGAAUUUGCUCCGUACUUUGACCAGUCGUAUUUUCCAAAAAUUGUCAUCACCUCUUCACAGAAUCCGAACCUGAAAACGCGACUUUUUAUGAAGGAAUUGGAAAGAGUUAUUCCAAACUCGGAAGUUUUUCUCCGCAGAAACUCGACAAUUAAGAAAAUGGUUAAACAAUGCAAAGAAAAGGGAUAUACGGACAUUAUUGUUAUCAACGAGCAUCAAAAAGAGCCUGGUAGUCUACUUCUCUGCCACCUCCCAGAAGGUCCAACUUUCUUCUUUAAACUCAGUAACGUCAAGCUUACAAAGCACAUUAAGAGGGACUGGAAAGAAAUUACGAGCCACCGCCCAGAGGUUAUUACUACAAAUUUUAAAACCAGAGCAGGAGUCAUGAUUGGUCGAAUGUUUUGCUCCUUGUUCCAUCAAGUACCUCAAUUUACUGGACGACGUGUCGUAACUUUCCACAAUCAACGAGAUUACAUCUUUUUCCGGCAUCACCGUUAUGAGUUUAAGAAAAAUGGAGAGAAGGCAGCUUUACGCGAACUCGGGCCAAGAUUCACCCUCAAACUGAAAAGUAUUCAGAAAGGGACGUUUGAUUCGAAAACAGGAGAAUACGAAUGGAUCAUCACCAACAAGCGUCACAAGAUGGAAUCCAGUCGUAGACGGUUCCAUUUAUAGUAGCGUUUCCACAUUGCAAUUUGUUACUUUCCUCCGCAUUCGAUUCUUAUCAAUUUCAAUUAAUAAAUUGUUAUUAAACUAGCGA